UGCCCUUUGAUUUGUUGACCUACAUCCAAACUGAUGCUCUUAAAAAAAAGGCAUAAACAGAUGUGAUGAAACUCAUGAAGACAAGUGUAUAUAAAGCUGCUGUUUUCUCUUGUUCAGCACCUCCACACAGGAAGACCACGGAUCAUCCUUCAACAGCUUCAUCAUCAUCAUCUUCAACAUCUGCAUCAUCUCCACCAUGAAGAUGCUGACUGUGUCUCUACUCGUUUGUGCCUUGAUGGCUCUGGCUGCAACCCAAGACGACGUGGUCGAGCCAAGUCAAGCACCAGAAGCGACAGCCGCGCCAGACGGGACAGCCGCGCCAGACGGGACAGACGCGCCAGACGGGACAGACGCGCUAGACAAUUCCACCGAAGCCCCACCACCGGAAUUUUUCCCGUUCCAAUGUCGCUUUUACGGCUUCGUUGACACACCGAUGACUUGGUUUGACGCUGAGAAACACUGCCAGACCAUGGGUGCAAACCUCGCAUCGGUGCACAAUAAAGAUGAGCAUCAGUACCUUCUGCAGUUCAUACAUCAGAACAAUAAUACUGAAGAAUCCUGGCUUGGAGGCUCUGACUGCCAAGAGGUCAACCAGUGGCUCUGGAGUGAUGGCAGCGUGUUCGAACAUACAGAGUGGUGUGAUGGGAGACCUGAUGAUCAAAAUCAUGUCGAGAAUUGUCUCCAGAUGAACUAUGGAGUCGAUUUCUGCUGGGAUGAUACUGAGUGUUCCGCCACUCGCUCAUUUGUCUGUACCAAGCCAAAUCCCUGCUGUCCAGAAACACCCUGUCCCGUGGAGGUCCCAUCUGAUCAGUAG